UUUAUUGCAACACCUUUAUAAUUUUUCUUCAGUGACGCACGAAAAAUACAAUUAAAUGUUGAAGCUGCUCUUUUUGUCAUACAUUCAAAGUAAAUUAUGAUUGACACUGUCAGUUAAACACAUCAAAUUAGGCAAAUUAGUAUACAAUAUUGUAAUUUAAUCCAAAUACACUAAAUCAGAUCAAGAGGUGUCCUGCUGUCACAUAAACUCAUAGCCUAAAUCACUUGUAGUCCACCUCCUUGUUUGCCAUUCUAUAUUCCAGACAAACUCUCAGUAUCAUUUCAAAUCAAAAGAGGGUUUAGUCAUCAUCACAGCUUCAUCCUUUGUAAUCCACUGUACUAUUCAUGUUGAAUUUAAAUAGCAGACAAUGUAAUUAUGGUCAGUUGCUCAGAAUCUAAAAAGCUUUCAAGGAGAGCUCGCCCCCAAGGUUCAAAAUGGGCAAUGCUAAAAGUGGAGCCCUUUCCAAAGACAUACUGGAAGAGCUGAAGAUGAGCACCAAGUACUCUGAGGAACAGCUUUAUCCUUGGUACCAGACGUUCUUGAAGGAGUCUUCCGGUCGCAUCAGUCGAGAACAGUUCGAGAGUAUAUAUGCAAGUUUCUUCCCUGAUGCAGAUCCCAAGGAAUAUACUCAAAAUGUUUUCAGAAGCUUUGAUUCCAACAGUGAUGGAAUGUUGGACUUUAAAGAAUACAUUGUUGCUUUGCAUCUGACAUCCUCAGGAAAGUGGGCAUUAGCUUUGUAUGAUUUAGACAGGAAUGGCACCAUCACAAAAAAUGAGAUUCAUGAAAUUGUGAAGUCAAUAUUCAACAUGAUCUCUGAAGAAGAUCAGAAAAACCUUGCGGAUGAUGAAAACACACCUGAAAAACGAACUGAUAAAAUAUGGGACUUAUUUGGGAAAAAAGGAAACGGUAUAAUAACAGAGGGAGAGUUUAUUCAAGGAGUCAUGGCCAAUAAGGACAUUCUCAGUCUAAUUCAGUUUGAUGAACCCCAAAAGGUCCAAGAAAGGCUCAAAGAGAAGAAGCAAUAACAUAAUGUGUAACAUCAUCUUGUUUUAGUUCAAUCUGAUUCUUUUAAAUGACAUAUGCAUGAAUAGUGGAUCAGUACCAGCUGUUCGCGUUCAAGCUUCAUCUCCGGAAGAAGUAAGUAUUACACAUCGUUUUUAAAUUGCCUUUCUGAAAUAAUGUGCUUAGCAUAUUAGCGGCUGUUGUUUACAUAUUCGCUGCUAAACCUGAGACAUGGUCCAAAGACAGGUGCUAUGUCGUAGGGUUAGUGGUAAAACGCAUAGUCGGUUCAGAAGACUUGUGACCAACAUAAUUACUGUAAAGCGUAUGAGGUUAUGCAAAAAUUUCUACUCACAAUGUAAUAACACCUGGUUACUGAUCUUUACAUACCUGUCUGUCAUAUACAGAUACUCUGGAAGCAUGUUUAUGCCUAUAUUUGUGUUUAUGUCUGUUAGUAAUUUGCAUGCACGUGAUAAAUCAUCAAUGGCCAACA